AUGCAUACAUAUAUGGACAUGCAAGAACUCAUCGAAGAGCAAAUGCGCUCAAAAAUGAUUAACAAUCGUAAAGUGCAAACGGCGGAACCUCAACAAACCAGUGCUGCUGCUAAUUUAGCCAAACGUUGGUCCAACUACAAACUCUGGAGCCUCUUUCAACGUCGUGUGUUUUUCUAUUUUCAGGAAAAUGCCUUACGUCAGGCGGAAAAAGAGAAAACCAUGUUAAUAGAAGAACUAUCCAGUCAAAAUUCCCGUCUAACCGAGCAAAUUCAAGAGGCUCAUAAUACGGAAAUGAAGCUAAUGUCACAAAUUCAGGAAUUAAAAGAUCAAUACUCCUACAGAAACAGUAGUUUACAGGAACAUGUCAACAGUCUGGAAUCCAUAAAAACAGAAUUAAAUCUAACCACAGAAAAACGUCAUGAGCUAGAGAAACGCUUGCAACAGGCACGCGAAGAAAAGGAAAGCAUAAGUUCAGCUUUAGAUGAGGCUUCAGAUCGUAUUCACAUGCUUGAGAGGCAUGCUCGGGAACAGGAAACAAAAUUAGAGACCACCUUGCAGGCUUUAGAAAGAGCCACCCGAGAGAAUAAUGUGCUCAGUGAGCGUUUGGGAGCGGAUAAUUAUUCUGGUUCCACCGGUAAAAAGUCCCUACAAUUCGAAAUGGAAUGCGAUGAAGAUGAGGCCAGUUUCUCGGAAGAUGGUAAACCCUCACAAAUCUGGGUAGAGGCUCGUUCUGUGUAUAUACAAUUAAAAUCUCUGGUAGAUUCUUUAAAAAUUGGUCAUGAUGAUGACUCAGGUUUAAAUUCGGACAUAUCAUUGGAUUUGGAAUCUAUGGAUAAUACCAUCUCCACCAAUGGCAAUAGUGAAGGUGGUCAUAAUGCCAUCAAUUUCCGCCAGGGCAUGCUGUCGGCCAUGUCUGAUGAACUGACACGUUUAUUGCUAAAUCUUGAUGCGGGCAAUUUCAAAAAGAUGCUGGAUCAAACUAGGAAUUUGGUUUUGGAACAGGAGGAUGAAAUUAAGAGAUCUCAUCAAUUGAUACAACAGCUAGAAGCUAAGUUGGCUGUCACCGACGUUGAAUUAACCAAUGUUAAGGAGGAAAGAGAUCAAGCCCGUGGCGAUUUGGUCGACACCACCGAUCGUGAUGAAUUAUUGGCUAAAGCCCAAAAAGAACGUGAUAGUGCUACUGAAAGACGCACCAAGGCUGAAGUUGAAUUGGCCAAAACUCGUGUGGAACUCAUGCAGGCCAAUUCUCAAUUAUUGGAAUCUAUUCAACAAAAGGUGGAAUUAUCACAACAAUUGGAACAGUGGCAGAUGGACAUGCAAGAACUCAUCGAAGAGCAAAUGCGCUCAAAAAUGAUUAACAAUCGUAAAGUGCAAACGGCCGGAACCUCAACAAACCAGUGCUGCUUAAUUUUAGCCAAACGUUGGUCCAACUACAAACUCUGGAGCCUCUUUCAACGGUAA